UCCUCCGUUGGACCAGUUCCUCGCUGACACCCUACUUACCAAGAUCGGGGAAAUCGACCGACACGUGUCCUUAUGUCAGCCGUCAGAUCGCCUCCCCCGGCAAUCCCGACCCGAACUCGUAUAAAAUCCCUGGAUCAAAGUUUUAAGGACCCCUUUCGUUCACCGGAGGAGGUGAACCCUAAAAACCGGUCCUUUUCUUUAUUUCUACGGUUUCAAUCUUUGAAUCUCAAUGGAGAAGGAGCUCGUGCAGACGUUCGAGGCGGCGAAGAAGGCGGCGGAUGCGGCGGCGGGAGGACGCGGAGCGCCGGAGGAGGAUCGAUGCGUCGACGCCCUCAAAAACCUCAGGAAGUUGCCGUUUCCAUGGACAUUCUUGUGAAGACCGCAGGUUGGUAAACAACUCCGUACUCUUACAAAACAUCCCCAUAAAAGGAUUCAGGCUGUGGCUUCUGACUUGUUGAAGUUCUGGAAAAAUGUUGUCAUUGAAGAGACAGCGAAAACUGAUAAGAAAAAUGGGGGCUCCAACGGCUCGUCAGAGGCUGAUGUUAAAUCUGAAAAGGCAGAGGUUGUCAAAGUAGAGAAGACCUCAAAAACGGUUACUGGAAUCAACACAUUAUCAAGGUCAGAAAGUAUCAAGGGGGAGAAAGGUACUUCUAACAAUGGAAUAAAAAUUGAGAGGAUAUCAAAAGCUGAAACUGUAAAGGUUGAGAGGACGAAUGGGGCUCAAGAAGUUCCAAAAUUGACAUCAGUGGUCAAGUGUAAGGAUUCCGUGAGAGAUAAACUCCGAGAAAUUCUUGCAGAGGCCUUCUCUAGAGUUUAUAAGGAGACGAGCGAGAGCGAGAGAGAUGAAGUGAAGAGCAUCUUGGAUGAAGUGGAAGCCUGUGACCCGCUUCGUACAGCUGUCACUGUAGAAUCCGCUAUGUACGAAAAAUUAGGGUCUUCAACUGGAUCUCACAAGAUGAAGUACAGAUCAAUAAUGUUCAAUCUCAAGGACAGCAAGAAUCCUGAUUUCAGAAGAAGGGUUCUCCUUGGUCAAGUCCAGCCUGAGAAACUUGUUGAUUUGAUGCCAGAAGAUAUGGCGAGCGAUGAGAGGAAACUUGCGAAUAAACAGAUUAAAGAGAAGGCGUUGUUUGAAUGUGAGAGAGCAGGUGCUCCCAAGGCUACCACUGAUCAGUUCAAGUGUGGGCGAUGUGGGCAGCGAAAGUGCACAUAUUAUCAGAUGCAGACUCGGUCAGCUGAUGAACCUAUGACAACUUUUGUUACUUGCGUGAACUGCAAUAACCAUUGGAAGUUCUGUUAAUUUAAAUUUAGGCAGUUUAGAAUGAUUCUAUUUACUAGAUUGAGUGGCCCAUUUAGUAUUUUAGGGGUGGCCCCUUUUCUAGACCACGUUAUUUGGAACUUAUUGAUAGUUUGUUCUUCUUGUUUCAAAGUGUAGUCUGAUACUGUAGUUAGUUUUUUUAGGAAACGCGGGUUGUAACUUUGGCUCUUGUGAGCUCUUCGGCACGUAAUAAUGUUGUUAAUAUUUGGUCAAUAUGUGCAAUGAGAUCUCUUUAUUAUCUGAUU